AUGCCAACCCCCGACCAGUGCAUCAAGAUUCUUCGGUCAACCCACGACCUCCCAUGCCAAGACGAGUUGAACCGUAAGUGGAAGCCAAACUCCGAGUUCUACAAGGUCUUUAUCUUGGAGCUUUGGUCCUUAAAAGAAUUCAACUUUGUCACCGCCACGGAUGAUCAAUUGCGGUUGGCGUAUGCCACGACCAUCCUCGCCGAAUCUGUCUUUAUGGACAUUUACAACUGCUACAUUAAGCACGCCACAGCACAGGCGAACCCCAAGCUCCUCGUCAUGCACCGCUUGUUCCGAUGCCCCGAGCCCGGCUGCGGCACGUCCUGGGUUUCGCUCAGCAGCUUCAAGCGCCACUACGCCCGCGACGCCCACAUUACCGGCUUCCACGACGACGUCCGCGCAUUUUACUCGUGUGACUGGUUGGGCGGUGACGGGGAAUCUUACGAUCCAGUCGAUCACAUCAAGGGCCAGUUGAAGUGUCACGUGAAGUCCAUGCACAAGAACGAACACAACUUUUACUGCUGGGAAGACGACUGUCACCGAGGGUUCCAGAAGGAAUACUUUCGUGAGAAGCACUUUUUUGUUGACCACGCCGGUAUCCCCGUCGAGGACAUCCACCGCGAAUUCGAACGUGAAAUGUGCGCCAGUACGUACGACACGAGCAGUGGAUUGAAGGAGCAUGAAAAGGCCGCCCACAUGGCUCAUGAACACGUCUGCAGCUAUUGUGACAGCGGGUUCCCCACUUGUGCCAAGCUGCGUCGACACUUGUCAAUUCAUGAACGCAGCCACUCCGUCUAUUGUCUCGUCGAAACCUUCAUGAUUCCCUUCGACAGCGUUAUGAACCGCACCAGGCACAUCAACGAGUGGUAUACCGCCGUCCUCAUUCCUAGAAUGCCCACUCGGCCGAUUAUUCCGCAAUAA